UGACUCUUUUUUGCCGCCAUUUUUUUUUGCUUUCCGCAGACAAGAGAACAGCCCGCUAUCUGCACCGAAAGUGAAUUAGGAGUGGAGUUGCACGCCAACAGCAAAAUUGCGAUUAUUGUAAUUAAAUUGCAGUAAAGGUUGCGUGUAAACGAAACGGGAUUGUCCAGUAUGGCCACAAAAAAGAAGCGUUCUCCGAGCACAGGGACUGACACAUGGGUUGUUAUUUCUGCAGACUCUGCAAUCAGUACAUCAAAGAAGGAUAGCAGAGACCCAGUCAUAGUCCGGUUAAAAAAUCCUUCUACAGGUCUGGUAUCACUCUAUAUGUUUGCCGGUGGUGACACCCGUGUCUUUGAGAUGAAGGCCUUUAAGGAAGAUCACCACUCCUGGUUCAUCGGCCAGACAGUGCACAGAGAUGGAAGACUUUUGUAUGUCACUCCAGUGGAUCCACUCUACCUUGUAUUGCCCUACCUGAUAAAAGCAGAAAAAGAGGGAAAAUUUCAACCUGUGCAGCAAAUGGUCAUGGAUGAAGAUUUCCCAGCCUGCACCAGGCUGUUGAAUUGUUUGGGGGAACAUGCCUCACUCGCCCAUAUUGCUGAGGAGAAAGAAGUUGGAAAUCAGAAGUUCCACAGAUACAGCCAGGAGAAGACAAUGGAGUGGUUAAAGAAAAAGGUUGAUAAGACUGUGAAGGUUCUUAAGAACAGUAACAUUUCAGUUGGUGGGGGCGUGAAAUCCACAACCUACAUCAGAGUGAAGAAGGAAUCGGAUGUUUCGGAUGAAGAGUAUCUACGGUAUGCCCAUGGAUUAAUAUCGGAGUAUCUGAGUGAAGACUUGAGCAGAGACCUCCUGAAGCAUUUACAAAGCGGAAACUGUCUGACAAGCCUGUCGAGGCAGCGGAAGACUACACCCAGUUCAAUGGUAGAGACUUUGCUAGAAAACCCCCAAAGAAGUUGACAGCUGUGCAGAAAUCUCUAGCCAAAGUGGACAGGACCGGAAUGAAGACCAUGUCCUGCUUCUUCAGCCCGAAACCAAAGACAGAGGGCAAAUGAGUGUGAAAUGCUCAAAUUUCUAUGAUCUUUUUGCCAAUAAAAGUGUAAUGUGGAUAAUCCAGUGCUAAAUGGUAUAUACUUUUACUGAUGAUGAAAACGACUUGAAGGUAUAAAAUGAUCAUUUAUCCUUGAAGGGGCAGGGCUUUUAGUAUUUAGCAGAAAUUAGCUCCAGCCCUAUCCUCCACGGGCUACGAAACUGGCAGCUGGUGGGUGGGUAGGUGGCACAAAAUACCCCCAUCUCCCGCUGAACCAAUAUUUGGUCAUGUGAAUAUAAUCACCUGCAGAGCCUCA